UCUAUUUGAAUGCGUCCGUUUGCGCCUUCUGUGAGUUCCCACCGCCGAAUUCGAAACAGACGAUGAAAAUAUUUUAAUAUAAUACAAAACAAGUAUUGUACGCCUCAAAAACGCAGCUGGGAAGAUAACUGAACAAGAAACAAUGAGUGUCAACAUGAAGUCCCCUCGCCUCGACGAAGUUAAAGCCAAGCGAGACAUGGAGAGAAGCUCCCCGGAGAAGAAAAAUUCCCCCAUCAAGGACCCCCUGCCCUUCAAGCCCCCUGUCGAGAAGGUGCGCACCGUAUUGUUCCCCUGCGACCCCGCCCUCGGAGAGGCCCGCGACAAGGAGAACAAGACCGUCAAGGCGCGCGAAGGCAUCUUUGACAAGGCGCUAGAGGACAGCGGCUACUUGUCUUUGCAAAGCAGUCAAAUCGACGAAGGCGACCACCACUGUCACGGAAGAUUCCCCUCGACGUCCCUGCUACGUCCCCCCGUAACUCCUAAAAAGUCCGCUCUGUGUCAAGACGGGGCCGUUUCAGGAUGCCGGGCGAGCGUUUUAGUCACGUCCACGCCCGUGGACAAGCAGAAAGCACUCGCGUCCUUCCCCAAUCUUCCCAUCAUCAAGUUCCAGGAAGCCGUUUGUCAGGAGCUCGCCAAAAGUUACAGCGAGAAUAAGAGGUACGACUGGAGCGUCAUCUCCAGGGUGGCCAAGGAUCAUCCGCUUCACCAGGUAAUCGGCCGCAGCAUGGGCCUGGAGUUCAUCGACAUCUUCUCCAGGCUCCUGUCCAAGAACAUGUUGUGCAUCCUGUCCAACAUCUUGGCCCUGCUGGGAGACACGGACCUCAUCAGUUGCAAGAAGGUCAGCAGGACGUGGAGGAGGAUCAUACGUGAAGAUAGCGCCGCCACGAGAAGAUGUCGGCAUGCUGAACAAGUGCUUCAGGAGUCAUUAAUCUCUCUGAGGCAAAAGAACAGCGGUCUGACAAGAGACGCAGUGGCGUCCCGGUUGGUGAUGUCUCGCAUCCAGAGAAUGGCAUCUCCUCACCGCCCCUCCUCCACCAACAGCCAAACCACACCCUUGCAAAAAACCGACAAAUCUCGCUUCAACGAAUUCUUGCAGGCCGCCAGCACCCUGAAGAGUCACGAGUCCCUGAAACGGUGCACGCACUGCGGCUCGCCCGCCGUUCACUCGCCCGAGCUCCGGCAAGCCGCGUGCACCAGGAGCUCCUGCCAGUUCUUAUUCUGUACAAAGUGCCACGAGGCCUACCACGGCGCCAAACCGUGCAGAGCGGUGCCUUCCCGUUCGGCCCAGGGCAAGUCCGUCGCCCUCCUCCCCUGCAGCGCGCAAAGCAAGAAAAACAUUAGGAGGUUGUGACAAGGUUUCUCCAAUUGUGAGUUGUUGACAUAGUGUUCCCCAAAAAAUAUGAUACUGCACAAGAGCACCUACCUCGGCUAAAGCACUUGUUCUCAAAAGCUUGCUGGACAAUCAACCGUUUUCAGUGUUUUUCAGGUGAGAAGAAAAAGAUUUAAUGUUCUUUUAUGUUUUAAACUUGUAAAUAGUUCAUCUUAUUGUUAGUUUGAAAUAAAUGUUGGCGUUUCUUAACUGUUUGUACUGACAUUUUCUU